UGGAAUCGUUUCAUUUAUUUAUUUAAUAAUUCAGUCAUGUGGAUGAAAUGCACAGGAGCGGAUGACGUAGCGCGCGCGUUCUAACGUGUGUGUAUGUGUGUGUGGGCGUGGAGGAAAAUGUCAACGUGCAGCGCAAGAAGAGGCUGGAGCUGAUGAGAGUCAUGUUAUUACGAAGCUUCAGCCUUCGCGUUAGCUGCUCUAAAAUAUCUGAUAUCCGGGGCGGAAAGUUUCUAAAGGGGUCGGCUGUCGGCAGUUAGCGGAGCCCGGGGUGUUGAGGAGGCGGGAGACGUGAGUUCAUUGAGCCCUCCACAGCGAAGCGAAGCCCAGCCUCCCUUCCUGCAUGUGAAGCAGAUUGGGCAGAGACGUUCACAAGCCUCGGGCCACUUGUGACCGCCGUUGACCUCCUAUUUCAGGUAGAAACUCUCUGCAAGCUUUAGCAACAAUGUAGACGUCCCGAUGAUGAUGAUGAUGAUGAUGCAGGGCCUUGUAGGGAGGAGGAGCAGCGACUGAUUUUCUCCUCAAUUUUAUCACACCCUGCACUCUAUGUCCGUCCCGACUGGGCGGCUAGAGUGCUAUGUCAUCAACCACACCCCCAUCGGCUCAACCGUCUAAGAAGGGACGGAAGCCGGAGAAAUCGGAGGUGAUGGCUGAUUCGGUGCCGGCCACCAAUGAGGAACUGAGGAGCAAGAUCAUGGACCUUCAGAUAGAGCUACAGCAGGAGCGCGGGAAGGUAUGCAAACUCCGCGAGCGGCUCCAAGAGCAGCGGCAGGCUCGCGAACUUGAGCAACACAAGCAUGCCGUAGCACUCACUGACCUGCGUGCCAAACUCCAUGAAGAAAAGCUACGUGAAAUCGCUGCCAUACGGGAGACUCUGGCACGGCAGCAUGAAGCCGAGCUGGCCAGAACAAUCAAGAUCCGGGAUACUGAGGUUCAGAGGCUGCAGGGUCUUGUGAAUGCACUGAGAGAUGGAGCUGCUGACAAGCUCAAAAAUGCCCUUCUUGCAGAGGCUAGGGAGGAAGCCAGGAGAGCCUUUGAUGGGGAGAGAAUAAAGCUCCAGCAGGAGAUUCAGGAGCAGAAAAUGGCUCGGAAGCAAGCCGAAGAGGCUCUUGCAAACGCUCUUCAGGCUGAUAAAGCCAAAGCAGCUGAUCUCCGCACAGCCUACCAACAGCACCAGGACGAGGUGCACCGCAUUAAACGCGACUGUGAGAAAGACAUCCGCCGGCUGAUGGAUGAGUUGAAGGCAAAGGACCGGGUGGUGUGCGCUCUGGAGAGGGAGCUGGGGUUACAGGCUGGCUAUGCCCAGAAGCUUCAGCUCCAAAAGGAAGCCCUGGAUGAGCAGCUGGGUCAGGUACGAGAGGCCGAGAGACACAACCAUGGCAGCCCGAAGAGAGAAGUGGUGCCUGGACUAGGAGAAAACCCAGACUUGCUCAACAACCAGGAGGUGGAGGAGCGUGACAUGAGGAGGUUCCAGUUGAAGAUUGCAGAGCUCCACUCAGUCAUCAGGAAACUGGAGGACAGAAAUGCACUACUGGCCGAUGAGAGGAAUGAACUAUUGAAACGGGUGCGAGAGGCAGAGAGCCAAAUGAAGCCCAUGUUUGAGAAGAAUAAGCGGCUGUCCAAGAAAAAUGAUGACCUCCUGCAAACACUGCAGCGCAUGGAGGAGAAACUCAAGAACCUGAGCCGUGAGAAUGCUGAGAUGAAGGAGAAAGCUUCCUCCUCUCGGCCACCAUCACAGCAGCAGUCUGUUCAGGCCCAGAUGAAGCGACCAAGCUCCCUGACCGACCUGACCCACGCCCACGAGGAACAGGAAGUAGAGUUCCUCAAGCUGCAAGUUGCUGAGCAACGCGGCAUCAUUGAUGAGCUCACGCAGGAACGUGAUCGAUUGGUGAUGAGCAAAAAGAACAGGAAGAAACCUUUCAAGCUGCCGAAAAGGCAUGUUGUGGAGACAUAUUUUGGAUUUGAUGAGGAGUCGAUAGACUCUGAAACCUCCUCACUGACCUCCUAUAACACUGACCUCACUGACCGCACGCCUGCAACUCCAGAGGAGGACUUGGAAGAGAGCAUUUCCCGUGAGGAGUCAGAGCUUCGUUUUCGUCAGCUCACUAGAGAGUACCAGGCUCUUCAGCGGGCCUACGCUCUCCUGCAGGAGCAGACUGGGGGGUCUCUGGAUGCAGAGAGGGAGGCCAGGACCCGUGAGCAGCUGCAGGUGGAGCUCAGCAGCUGCCAGGCAAAGAUCGUGGAUCUGGAGAAGGCCCUGGCUGAGCGGGGGCAGGAUUCAAAGUGGGUAGAGGAGAAGCAGUACUUGCUCAGGACCAACCAGGAACUGCGUGAGAAGAUGAGUGCGCUGCAGCAGGCGGAGUCCCGGCUGCAGGCUGAGGUUCAGGAUGCUCGGGACCAAAAUGAGCUGCUGGAAUUCAGAGUCCUUGAACUGGAAGAAAGGGAACGCAGAUCACCUGCCCUCAAUCUCCACAUGUCUGCGUUCCCUGAGAACAGUAGCAGUGCCCUGCAAGUCUACUGCCACCAGGAGGGAGUCAAGGAUGUAAUCAUUCCUGAACUGAUGAAGAAGUUGGAUAUUCUGGGAGAUAAUGGGAAUCUCAGAAAUGAAGAGCAGGUGGCUGUGAUCCAAGCAGGGACUGUGAUCUCACUCUGUGAAAAGUGGUUGAAGCAGAUAGACAGCACUGAGGCUGCCCUCACGCAGAAGAUGAUCGACUUGGAAAAUGACAAGGAGCUGUUUAGUAAGCAGAAAGGAUUCCUUGAGGAGGAGUUGGACUACAGGAAGCAGGCCUUGGACCAAGCCUACAUGAGGAUCGAGGAGUUGGAGGCCACGCUGUAUAGCGCUCUGCAGCAGGAGCAGCCGGCAUGCCAGGCGGUGGCUGAGUCGCUGACAGACAGGCAGAGGGAGGAGCUGAGGCUAGCCGUGGACAAGCUGCGGCGUCAGAUUCUCCGGCAGAGCCGGCAGUAUGACAGUCAAAUCUUACAGGAGCGCAUGGAGCUCCUACAGCAGGCCCAGCAGAGAAUAAGAGAGCUGGAGGACAGGAUUGACUUGCAAAAGAGACAAAUAAAGGAAAUAGAGGAAAAGUUUUUGUUCCUCUUUUUAUUUUUCUCUUUAGCAUUUAUUCUUUGGCCUUAAUGAAAAUGCCCAUGGACCCACAUCAGGUGUUAAGGUGCUGUGGUGGCGAGCGAAGAUGAGAUAAAACCUAAUUGUUUUUUAUGCAUUUGUAG